UAAUAUGGUGGUCUGUCAUGAGCCUUUUUUGGUAAAUUCAGAGAAUCUGAGAAGUGGGAGAGAAUUUUCUGAUGUUAAGCAGCAUAAGCUUCCUUCCUGGUAUAAUACAUCUGUCGAUGCAGAGCUGAAACAUGGGGCCAUCAGCUCGUUUGCUCAUAGCAGAUGGCAAGCACAGAUGGCUUUCUCCAAAACUGUUUAUUCAUUUCAAGUAAAGGAGGACACUAUGCCAGGAACUGUUGUGGGAAAGCUGGAAGCGAAGAUGGAGUUUCCCACACCUAUCACAUACUCGGUUCAGGAGGACGAUGGGGAGAACAUGUUCCUUCUAAACCCCAUCUCUGGGGAAUUCCUUUUAUCCCGUAACCUGGACUUUGAAACACAAAGGUUUUACAUUCUCACAGUGGAGGGGCAGCAGGGGGACUUACAAGCAUCCAGUGCCAGAGUCUACUUUAAUGUGCUCGAUGUCAAUGACAACCCUCCUGUUUUCAGUCGGAGCAACUACUUUGCAUCACUACUGGAGGACACACGUGUCAGAACUUCCUUCCUGUCUCUGAAUGUGUCAGACAAAGAUGAUGGUGAAAAUGGACAAGUGGAACUGAUGGUUGCCAGCGGUGAUGAGCUGGGCAUGUUCUUCAUACACUCAGCUGGUAGUUUAUGCCUGAACAAAGAGCUGGACAGUGAGAGUCAAGCUUCCUUUAAUCUGACUGUCACAGUCAAUGAUUGUGCCCUGCCAGUGACUUCACAGCUCACCAGCACAGCACAUAUAGUUGUGAUAGUGGAGGAUAUCAACGACAAUGCUCCAUUAUUUCUGUCUGCCAAACAUGUUAGUAUACCGGAGGACUCUGCAUUGCAUUCCGUUAUUAUGACUGUACAUGCUGAAGAUAAAGACGCAGGAUCCAAUGCAGAGAUUUUGUAUUUUUUAAGCAACACUUCUAGAGGGACAUUCAGUAUUGAUGACAGAAGUGGAGAGACUUUCCUGGAGGAGAUACUUGACAGAGAAAAGGUGGACACUUUGAAUAUUACCGUGAUAGCUACUGAUAUGGGUUCACCUCAAAUGACCAGCACAAUGACUUUCAUGGUCCAUGUCGAGGAUGUAAAUGACAAUGAACCUGUGUUUUCACAAAGCAACUACAGUCUGCUCAUCAAAGAAGAUGUUCGAAGAGGGACAAUUCUCAUUCACGUUAAGGCAUGGGAUCAAGAUAUUGGAUCAAAUGGACUAGUGCGAUACAUGUUGACGCCGGUUGGUCCUUUUGUGGUUGACAGAGUUCGAGGUGUGCUGUACAUCAUGGAUAAACUUGACAGAGAAAAAAUGUCAAAUUACACCUUAAUUUUAACUGCUGUCGAUCAAGGGGAUGUACCUAGAUCUGCUACCACUGUUAUUAGCAUCACAGUGCUGGAUGUUAAUGACGUGACGCCGCUGCUUUCUCCAGAAACCCUGAUCAUUCAUGUGAAGGAGAAUGAAAUCAAUCCAUCUGAGCUUACAUACCAGGUUUCAGCCUUGGAUCAAGACCUUGGGAUCAACAGUCAGCUUCAUUAUUUUAUACACAAAGAUAAGAGUGAUGGUCUGUUCUCUGUCACUCCUGAUGGUGUGUUUAAGAUUUUACACAGCUUGGACAGGGAAAAAGAAUCAUUUUAUGUUGUCAUCAUCACAGCAGCUGAUUCAGGUUUGCCCCCCCUAACCGGCACAAUGACAAUCCAUGUCCUUGUGGAUGAUGUCAAUGAUAACCCUCCUGAGUUUUCAGAGGACCUCUACAACACUAUAGUAUCUGAGGACAGUCCAAUAGGCACAGUGUUUGCAAUGAUAUCAGCAUUUGAUGCUGACGAGGGCGUGAGCAGUGAAGUCAGGUAUUCAAUGGAAAACACGGAUGCACCUUUUGCUAUUGAGGAAGAAUCUGGAGAACUGUUUUCAACUGAUUUUCUAGACAGGGAGACUGUAGCCUUCUACACACUGACAGUGAUUGGAACCGACAUGCAUCCCACACAACCUCUUUCAAGCUCUGCACUUGUUACUGUACUGGUUGGUGAUAUUAAUGACAACUGGCCUCAGUUUCUGGAUAGUUUACCUUAA